AUGGAUCACAAAUUAAUCGAUAAAGAUAUCGAACAAUUGGAGAAAACAUCGAUAUUUCUUCGACAAAUGACAAAGCAUUUUCAAUUCAAUGAUUUAUUCUCCGAAGGUCUUCAUUUACCAUUGAAAGAUUAUGACUUAUCUCAUCCAGGAGUCGGAGUUUUUCUCGACAACCUUUCUUUCCUUCAAAGGUGUUUUCCAGAAUUGAAAAGUGUUUACCUGAAGUAUUGUCGAGAUCUCUCUGAAGCAUUUCAAGUGCAAUUUGAUCAAUCGCUUGAUGAAACGAUUCCCAAUCAUCAAUUGAGUGAAAUUCUGGAUAAAAUUUCUCAAUUAAUUCCAAGUUUAAAUGAACAUUUAGAGAAACGAAUUGAGAAGAAAUAUUCGGAAAUGGUGGAAACGGUUUUUCAACAUUUUCAAAAGAUUUCCGAUCGAACGAAAUCAGUUUUAUUUAAAAUAAAUCUAAAUGAAAAUGACCUCAAAUCCAUUGAAAAUGAUUUAUCGACGUUAAAAUAUGCAAAGGAGACAAAACUAUUCGAAAAGCUUUUAACGGUCAGCUUUAAUGACAUUUUGGAUGAAUUGAUCGGAAAUUUACUGAAAUUUACCGAAGAAAUUUCUUUGAAAAUCAAAGAAUAUUUAGAAAAAACACGAUUUCGAUUUGAUUCAACACUUAAUUGA